AUGACAUAUACUUUAUAUGGUUAUCAUGCUUCAGACAAUUGCUACAAGAUUAAACUUCUACUAAAUCAAUUGGAGAUUCCUUUUCAUUAUAAAGAAGUUGAUAUUGUAAAGGGAGAAUCUCGAACGGAAGAGUUUCUACCCCAAGUAAAUCCAGUUGGCUGUAUUCCAGUUCUAGCCAUAUCAUCCACAGCAACACUGACAGAAUCGAAUGCUAUUUUGAUCUAUCUGGCCGAAGAUACACCUUUUCUUCCUAAAGAAAAAUUCAAAAGAGCCCAAGUGUUUCAAUGGCUUUUCUUCGAACAAUAUAAACAUGAACCCAAUAUUGCUACAUUACGUUUCUGGCAAAAAUGCUUGAACCGAAAGAAGACAGACAAGCAAUGGAAAGAUAAAAUGGAAGAAAAAUUUACCAAUGGUGAAGAAGCCUUGAGGAUCAUGAAUGAUCACUUGAUGAACAAUGCCUAUUUUGUGGGCAAUAGCUAUACGAUAGCAGAUAUCUGUCUGUAUGCUUAUACACAUAAAGCUCAUGAGGCAGGCUUCAACCUAAACAGUUAUCCACAUAUCCUCCAAUGGUUUAAAAGAAUUGAAAAACAGGAUAAUUACGUAAAAUUUGAGUAA